CUAUUAUUUAUUUACGGAGUAUUUAUUUGUGCCCAUCAUAUUUUCCCCUAAAUAACAAUAUUUACAACACACUUGUAUUAAUGUAGCAUAUGAAGUAACUAGACUUGAUACUUCCCCAGAACAACUACCCAUUCUUACCCUUUGCAUUUUCAGAUCAAUACUGCUUUAUGAGAACAAUUUAGUAUAGCUUGAUGGAGUACAGACGUGUUUACACUAUUCCAAUGUGUAUUGAUGUGCAUUUUUUUCCCUGAAUUUUGCUGAUUUUUCCUGAAUUUCGAAUUUGUUUCUUUGGAGUCGAUAGACUUCUUAUGCCAAUUCUGUCUAGCAAAGUGAUGCAUACUCAAUAUGGAAUUUUCCUAGUAGCUUGCUAUGUUUUGGAACAGGAGAUGUAAAUGGUGUUUUUUUAGUUUUAAUUAAGCUUUAGUAAUGACUGACAUCUAUAGGGGCCAUAUGUUAAAUAGUCUUAUUCUCAUCUUCUGUGGAUUAACUGUGUAUGAUAAACUAUAAGCAUCAUUGGUGGAAGAUUCAACAAGUUUUUAUUCUUUUCUGAAUACUUGCCUCUACUUUUACUUGAGAUUUCUUGGAGCUGUUGUACCAUUGAUUUGUUCCAAUUUGAGAAACAAUCUCUUGAUUUGACUAGAUUUUAUGUUGAUUUUUCUUUGUAAGACUAAACUUGUGACCAUUCAUGACUGUUACAGCGGGGAAGUCCUAUGCAUCUCUUGCUUCUGCUUCUUUUGUCUUCUAUAAACUCUAUUCUAUCUUUAUUAGUAAUUCUAGAUUACAUUUCCCACUUUUACUUUCCAACUUAGCAAGUAGCAUAUUGUGACAUUGCAGAAUUAAUUGAUGAUAUAAGUUAGUUUACUUGUCAUUCCCAAUUUAAUAUUAUUUUAAUUUUAAAUGUUUUUUUUUGAACCGUUUUGUAUUUGAACUGUUUGGAUUUUUAGAGAUGUUCAUUACUUUUCAACUCCAUUGAAUAAAAUUCCGGUGUCUGUCAUUGAAUUUAGUUAGUGAAGUUUUUUGUAGUCUGAGACAUUCAGUUUCAGACUUCUGGCCAUUAGAGUGGAUUGUGAGUCCAAUUUUACCAUCACAACUUGUGUAUGAAUGUUGGAUGCUAUUUACAUCUCAUGAAUUUAGCAUCCUAAAAUUUCUCCACUUUUAAAGAAUAUGACCUACCUGUUUCAUUCUUCAAACUCUUGAUUUACACCUCAAAAUUUAAAAAUUUUAGAUUGAUUUUAUUUUUAGGACUAUAGAAAGUGGUGCCCCUAGUAGAGUAGCUGGUUUAUUGACCAUAGAGGAGAUAGAGAGCGUGGGUGUAGGUUUACAGCAGAGUUGAAGGAAGCUGUGAAGCUGCCACUGCACACUUGCAAACAUAUGUUACUCUACUGGCCUACUGUAUCCAUGGGCAUGAUGGCAACCAUGACCACUAUCACAAUGGCAUCAACAUUCUAUUACCACCGGCAAUUCCAGUUUCUAUCCCAUCCAACUCAACUCUACUCUCCCCCACUUUUGGAGCUAAAUCAGCACAAGCGCAUUGUUGUACGACCAAUGUCAAGUUACCGAUUUUAUGCAGUUAAGGGUAAACACCAAGGUGUAUGACUGGGGUAGCACCAUUAGCAUCGGGGAUACAUUAGAUCCAGAAAUUCGAGCUGUUCUUGAACUUGCAACAGAUUCUGAGUUGUAUGAACUUGAAAGGAUUUUAUUUGGCCCAAGUUACUUGAGUCCAUUGUUGAAGUCAAUAACAAAGAGAGCAGAUGUUGAUUUUGCUAUGAUUGAGGAAGACUUGGAGAAGAGGGAAGAAUUUAUGUCCAUGCUUGAGUCAAGAUUUCUAUACCUUGCUGCUGAUGCACGAUCUACUUUGAGGGGUCAAAGACCAUCAUAUAGGGAUGUAUUGCUUAAUGUAAGGAAAAAAUUAAAUAUACGUUGUUCAACCAAAUUGUCUGCUGAAGACUUGGAAGCAGAGAUUUUUCUUCAUCUAUUGCAGGAAUAUUCGAGUUCAAUGGAUAGGGCGAAUGACCCCGAUGAGAAUGAGAGUCUAGAAUUUGGGCUUAGUCAAUGGAAGAUUCAGGCUGAUGCUGCUUUAAAAGGAGGGCAAGGGCAGCUUGGCACAAUGAUACUAAGGGGUGGUGGAAUGCUAACAUUAGGGGGAAUCUACAAAUUGUUAGCUAAGAGAUUAUUUGGAAAAUGUAUGGUGGAAGUUGCCAAAUAUGGGAUGCAAAAGGAACUCCUCAAAAAGGGUGGAGAAUUGGCAGCUGUUAACCUGGAGGCCAGGCUAGCCUACCUUGUUGCAAAACAGGGUGUUAAAGGUGCUGCUACUAGGUACUUGGGCCUGAGGAGCUUGGCAACAUUUUUUGGUCCAUUGUUGUGGGGAACAUUUCUAGCAGAUGUUUUUAUUCAAAUGCUUGGAACAGAUUACGCUAGAAUUGUGCGAGCUAUUUAUGCUUUUGCACAGAUACGGAUCACCCGUUCGUACAAGUUAUGAUCUCAUUUCAAGAGAUGAUUUGAGUUUCUAAUGCGUAUCUUCAUGUGGCAACCCAAGUGUGGAAAUGGAAUAUAUCUGGAACUGUGUUUUUGGGUUUGAUUGGAGUUCAAGGAAGUAUUCGCCAAAUCUGUCCAAUUUUUUAGGGUUUCAAUGCUAAGUUAAGUUGAGGGUUUGUUUUUAGUGUCAUUGAACUCUUACUCUAGGAUAUGAGGUUCUUGUAAAUAUGCACCACAAAAGCAAUUGCCUUUACUUCUCUUUUUCUCUCCUUUUUUAAGUACACGGCCGCUGCUCUGCUUAAAAAGGUUAUAAAAUGUCGGAGUACCAUUUCUUGGUUUUA